UGUAUCAUCCCUAACACCGAUUGCAAAACCGACAACUCGCAACUCGCUUGUUAAAUUUUCGCAUUGAAAAAAGUGCUUUAAUUAGUAAAAGUGUUUUGAAAAUUGUGCGAAAAUUAAGCAAAAUGAGCAGCUCCGAGGAAGUCUCCUGGGUUACCUGGUUCUGCGGACUUCGCGGCAAUGAGUUCUUCUGCGAGGUCGAUGAGGAUUACAUACAGGACAAGUUCAAUUUAACUGGUUUAAAUGAGCAGGUGCCCAACUAUCGUCAGGCCUUGGACAUGAUAUUAGAUCUGGAACCGGAGGAUGAACUUGAAGAUAAUCCAUUGCAAUCGGAUAUGACCGAACAAGCAGCUGAAAUGUUAUAUGGGCUCAUACACGCUAGAUAUAUAUUAACAAAUCGUGGCAUCGCUCAAAUGAUUGAGAAAUAUCAAACUGGCGAUUUUGGACAUUGCCCACGUGUCUAUUGUGAGAGUCAGCCCAUGUUGCCUUUGGGACUGUCGGAUAUACCCGGCGAGGCAAUGGUGAAAACCUAUUGUCCCAAGUGCAUUGAUGUUUAUACACCAAAAUCGUCGCGUCAUCAUCACACUGAUGGCGCCUAUUUCGGCACUGGUUUUCCACACAUGCUCUUCAUGGUGCAUCCCGAGUAUCGCCCAAAGCGUCCUACUAAUCAAUUUGUUCCACGUCUGUACGGCUUUAAAAUUCACAGCUUAGCUUAUCAAAUUCAGCUGCAGGCAGCAGCCAAUUUCAAAAUGCCACUACGAGCGCAGCGCGGUCAGCCACCAAAGGACGAAGAGCCUGAAAAUAAUGCCAUCGAUACGAUUCCAAAGCGCAUCUAAAAGUGCAGCACUACAGCGGCCGUUACAAGAAAAAUCCCACACAAACACAUACACAGACUACAUAUACACUAAUACACACAUAUAUAUACAUAUAGACACAAGCAGAAGCAACAGCUAUAGCAACGCCGUUGAGGAAUGUCAUCCCCGCCCGCCCCUCUAAGAAAGGA